CACACUUUGAUUGCUUUGGCCUUGUGCACUAUGCACUUGGACCUCAAUGCUCAAACAUAACAUCCCGCAUUUUGUUCAUCUUACACCACCCUUACUUCACUGAUGUGAUGCUGAAGUACAUUGUUGAAUACAUAGUUCACUGACAUGAAGCUGAGUUCGCGAUCUAGUAAUUAUCACAGAAUAAAUAUUCAAUCAUUUAUGUUAUGGGAUAGGAACCAUAUGUGGAUGCAAAGUCUGGGUGCAAGCAAGGUCGGGGCGGCGCAGCAGCCAUUUCUAGUGGUGAAAUUUUGGGAUUUAUGUAAUGGAGUUUGUUUUUCUUAUCAUAUCUCGGUUGUUUCUAGGGUUGUUUUGGCUGUCCUUUUGUAUCGUAAUAGUCCGACCUUUCAAUUCCGAAUGAUCCCGUAUAUUUACGAGUUCGGUGGUAGUCUUUACUCUUUUUCAUUUUUCGGUUCUUUCCUAUCCGUUUGUAACCUCUCUCUGUUCUUUGCUCGACUUUGCUUGCAUCUUGCGUUACCCGCCACCUUCCCCUUCUUCACCAGUGGUUACUCAAUCUUGUACUUAAACCCCAGGUCGCUCAAUGUUCAUAGAGCUAAGGCGCUGUGGGAUCGUAUUAUACCUUGAAUACCCCAUUGACUCCAAGGGGCUUGGAGAAGUCUGGAGAGAUCCCUCCUCCGAUAUU